GUGCAAUCAAACAUAAAAAUACUCAGAAUAAUUUAAAUUCCAGGAUAAAAGUGAAGUGGGCGCUUUAUUUGAGUUCUCUUUCUCUCCUCUUCUCAACGCGGCAACUCGCCUCAAUGGAUACUCACAACAUGUGGAAGACGGCUCCCUGAAUUACGGAUUCAAUUCAAACCGGGGAGGAAGUUUAUUCAACCCGACGCAAAAGUUGUUCUAAAAGAACAUGGGCAAUUACAUCGGAUGCCACUGGAUUGAAAAUAUCACCCGGAGCAUAAUGGUGUUCAUCACACUUCUCAAUCAACCUUGGGCACUAAUGUUCAUCUUCAUUGCUUUCUCCGCUAGCUUUGUUUACCUCAUAUUUUACCGACCCGUCACUGUCUAUCGUGAUCUUACAGGCAUCAAAAGUGAUUUACGCUUCAAUGUGGCAUCAUCUGAAACAAUGGUUCGUCAACGGUUCCUGAAACGAGCCCGCCAGGAAAAUGAAAACCCAUCGAAAAGCAUACCUAUGUACGCAAACGGCUGGACAUUUUUGUGCCACUCUGAUGAAGUGAGAACAAAUUGCGUCAAGUACAUUGAAGCUCUAGGUGAAGAUUUCGCUGUUUUUCGAAAAUCAAACGGGAAAGUGCACGUGGUAAACGCAUAUUGUCCGCACUUGGGAGCCAACAUGGGAGUGGGCGGAAUUGUAAAAGAUGAUUGCUUGCAAUGUCCCUUCCACGGAUGGCGAUUUGAUGGCGACACUGGAAAGUGCAAAAGCAUACCUUACACUGAUAAAGUGCCGAGACUUGCGAAGGUUCAGGCGUGGAAGUGUUGUGAAGUCAAUCACAUGAUAUUUGUGUGGUAUCAUGCCGAAGGAGAGGAGCCAACCUACGAGAUACCUCCGGUAGACGAGAUCAUGAGUGGAAAAUAUUCCCUUGCAGGCAAAUGUGAAUAUCUCAUAAACGGAUCUAUAGGAGAUCUUCCACACGGCUCUGCUGACCUGGAACAUUUUCAAGCAAUACAUGCGCCACCAUGGCUGCGGGAUAGAACAUUCGCACCUGACAAGAGCUUCAGUUUAAGGCAUUUCUUAAGGUUAAUUGCGAAAAUAGAAGAAUGGACAGUUCACCAUACUGAGCCUCAUAGGGCCCUGUCGAAAACCUGCUUGCAUCUUAAUAUUCUCGACAGAAUCACAGUGCUGUCUAUCAGAGCAAGUGUGAAAUUGAUUAAUGCUGGCCAUUUCGAGACUGAAAUAAAUAUAAGCACAUUGAAAAUGAAUGCGCACAUGAAAUGUUUGACUUGUAUCACACCUGUUGGGCCUGCGAUCCAGCGGGUAGUGAUUGUGCAUUAUUGCCAUCCUUUGCUCGUGCCCCUGAAUCGACUGGUUUUUCGCCUGUUUCUAUACACAUUUGAAGAAGACGUUAGGAUUUACAACUACAAGAAAAUUCAUCCCCAUGUCAUUAUUACAAAAGAAGAAGAUGUAUACGUAAAAUGGAAACGUUGGCACAGUCAAUUUUUCUCAAAAAAUAGUCCUCAGCUCAAAAUUCAGACUGAACUGUUAUCUUGGUGAAAUAAAAAGGGAUCAAUAUGCAGUACAUAAUGCAAUUUGCAGCCGAAGCCCGAGAAUCGACGUAACAGUAGUCUCGGGAGUCUUUUGCGGAAUCAUGAUCGUAAAAUGAUUUCCGAGGCUCAUUGACGUGUAGAAAAAACGAACAAAUACAUGUAGCAGCUGAAAUCAGAAUGAAUAAGAAACUCACAGAAUCCUCUACACUGAUUUAAAAAUAACUAGACGAGUAGAAGACUUUCGAUAGAUUUUACGAUAGUUUUUAAAGCAUUUUCUUUUUCACUUUACUUAGAAAAAGAGAUUUGUGUAAUAACGUAGACAGUUUACUGUAAAGACAAGGAGAAAAAUAGUAGAUAUUUAAAGUCCUUAAAUAGGUGAUUCUAUCUUUGUUUUCUAUUUCUAUCUCUAUUAAUUAUUUACAACAUGGAGCGCAGAGAGCAUAACAGGAAACAUAUGCUUAAUUUUAAUUUUCUGAACUUCAUGCCAGCGAUAUUUUAACAUAUUCAGUAUUGUUAUUUUCA